CCUGUACAAUCCUUAUGCUUGUAUUGGAUGAACAGGAAGAUGGAUGAAGAUCUGAAGAGAAAACUGCUCGUUGUUCUUGCUGUCCUCUUGCUGCCCAGCUCAGCACGAACAGGGAAUACAGACAGACUCUCAGGGCAUCACUGCACUGACUUCCAGACAGCCAAUUUCCUACGGGGCAGCAAACUGAAGGUCCAGUUUCUUCUCUUCACCUCCUCGAGCCCCAGCUGUGGAGAGCUGAUUUCAGCUGAUGAUGGCAUCAAGAACUGCAGCUUCAACAGCAGCCUGGAAACCAAAAUCAUCAUCCAUGGCUUCAGGGCUUUGGGUACCAAACCUUCCUGGAUUGAAGGGCUUGUCCGAGCCAUACUGCACACCAGCCAGGUGAAUGUGAUCGCAGUAGACUGGGUUUACGGGUCUACAGGAGCCUAUCCCUCCGCAGUGGAAAAUGUCACACAGCUGGCUCUCGCCAUCUCACACUUCAUCAGCAAGCUCCUGGCCCUGGGAGUCUCAGGGACAUCUAUCCACAUCAUUGGGGUAAGCCUCGGAGCACACGUCGGGGGCCUGGUGGGGCACUUCCAUGGCGGUCACCUGGGACGGAUAACAGCCCUGGAUCCUGCAGGCCCUAAGUACACCAGAGCCAGCCCCGAGGAACGCCUGGAUCCUGGGGAUGCCCUCUUUGUGGAAGCCAUUCAUACUGAUGCUGACAAUUUCGGGAUCCGGAUUCCUGUAGGCCACAUCGAUUACUUUGUCAAUGGAGGCAAAGAUCAGCCAGGAUGCCCCCGAUUCAUCUCUGCAGGCUAUAACUUCCUGAUCUGUGAUCACAUGCGGGCUGUGCAUCUCUACAUCAGUGCCUUGAACCAUCCCUGUCCCAUCAUGGGGUUCCCCUGUGCAAGUCAUCAAGAUUUUCUAAAUGGUCAUUGCCUGGACUGUGCAGAACCCUUCCUGUCCUUCUGUCCCAGAAUAGGCCUGCUGGAGCAGGCAGGUGUCAACAUGAGCAGGCUGCCUCAGGAAGUGAAAGUUUUUUUAAUGACCAGUCCUUCAGCCCCAUUCUGUGUCCACCACAGCCUGGUUGAGUUCCAUUUGCAGAAGAAAAGGAACAGAGUGACCAGCAUUGAGAUCAGUUUCAGCAGCAACAGCACCAAGGACACAGCGAAGAUCACCAUGCAAAACCAAGGGGCAGGGGACCAGGAUCCACUGUGGAGACAGGAAGAUGUCUCUUGAAAGCACCACCCUCCACCAGACUGUGUCUGAAUUAAAGAAUCAGACUCCACAGCUCUUGUCGCCAGGGGAUCUCCGCACCACAAGAAGUUCCCCAGAGCCUUCCUCACUUCCUACUACUUGCCCACUGCUCUGGACUGGGAUGCAGCUAGCACAUGCUGCUGGCUUCCACAGAAAGCAGGAAAAGAGCCUGCUAAAGUGUCCCAGCCAGCUCCCCUGGGAUCACAGGGCUUCCAGCGCUGGCUCCCACACAGUCCUUACUGCUAAGCCAAACUAUGUGACCUGGAGCUAAUUGUGUUGCCGAUUCAGUUGUGGGUACCAGGAGGUGGCAGGGAGAAAUGGGGAAGGGGAAGCCACACUCUAGGGUACUCUCCAGAGUGACACAGAUGCUUGGUCACAGAUUUCCAGCCAGGCAGCACAAUUUGGGUUUGUACACCAGCCUGGUGGAGCUCAGUCUGUUCGACUCCUCCUGGUUUGGAAGCCAAAUCUGUCUUUUCCGCAGAUGCAGGAGGGAAGAAAUAGUAAUAGCCAGGUCAGACCAGGAGCCCUGCAGCGCUUCCAUUGGCAGCUGUCGGACACUGGGUUUGGUGGGAGCCCAGCAGGAGGCAUGUGAGUGCUGGAGGGAAAGGCUGCCCAGGGAAGUGAGCCGGGCAGGCAAUCCCGAGGCUUUGCUGUACCCUCUGGUUUUAAUGAGACAGUGGAGUUAGAGCAGGGAAACCUAUCCAGAGAUGCCCUGCGGGGGGGAACAGCAGCUGUGUUUCUAUUAAAUGCCUUUCUUAGAAGCACAAGGCUAAACUGAAAAAUUUGCUUACAGCAAUAAACUUGCAGAUUUGAGAGCAUAAAA